GCACAGCUUUCUGGGUGCUUGCUGUUAUUUGCCCAAUUUUCCAAAUGCAAAUUACAGUAUGAGCUAAAAAGUUAUUGGUAUCUUUGUUUACUGAAAGAACCCUUGGUGAAUAACGUGUCUGCAGUCACAUUCUUGUAUAUCGUCACAGUGUCAACCUACACUGUCUUUCCGAGGCACACAUGCCAACCCACCUCCACUUUAUCCUUCUCCUCCUCUACGCACUAGCAUCCGUCGUCCUUGGCCGCCCAGGCGGGGGUUGGCUCGGCCUUAAACCGACACCCAAAGGCCCUAGUGAAUUGGUUCCCUUGGACCAUAUCCAAAACCAACCGUUACUGCCAAAGACGAUACAUCCAACCGACUUGCUUGUUGUGACGACGUUGGAUGGAGCAUUGCAUGGUGUUCAUCGACCCACUGGACGGGUUGUUUGGAGUCGGAAGGAUGAUGGGUGGGGGCCAUUGGUCAAGGUGACGGACGUCAAUUUGGGAACAAAGAAUGGGUUGGUUGCCGGUGGUGUUGAGGUCAUACAGGAGCCGGUUUUGGGGGAAAAUGUGGAGAGGUUUGGAGAUGGGAUGGUUCUAGGUGAGGUGGAGGUCAUUGAAGAUUCGGAUGAUCAUCGAGAGACGGACGAGAAUGCACGGGUGAUGGAUGAGACUAUAUUGGGGGGCAAUAUCUAUGAUCAUUUGCUUCCGGUUGGCGAGGAAGAGGACCUGUACUCCCAGGGUAUCUAUAUUCCGGAACCAACUGGCAACGGAGAUUUAUAUUAUUACGAACCCGGAAAGCCCAUCAAGAAACUGCCACUUCCAAUCAAACGCAUUGUAGACGAUAACCACGCCUUCAUGUUCGGUGACUAUGUUUUCACGGGAAAAAAGGUUAAUCGUCUCGUUGCUAUUGAUCCAUUUACGGGCAAGAUUGUCCGUGUCUACGGUGGUGAUACUGAAGACAAAGUUGAAGAGUUGGGUGACGAGCGGGACGCUGUGUAUAUUUCUAGAACACAAUACAUAUUGAGCAUGUGGGAUCGUCGAACGUCCAAAUUGAGGUUCAAUAUUACAUACGGGGAAUUUUCAGCCCCGCAUCAGCCGCAUUUCGAUCUCGGAGGGGAGAUAUUGGACGGUCCACAUCCGGGUAUCCUUGCCCCACCCAGAAAAGUCAAUGCGCAAAUUACACCAAAGGAGGAUCCGUUGGAUGGUCUUGAUCGGGAUUUAGAAUUAGCAAUGCGAAUGCAAUUCGAUACGCCCGCCGUAGGUGCUUUUAACGUGGGUACCAACCCUCAAGGAUAUCAUCUCCGGAAAACGUAUCCCCCUCGACCCUCACCUCCAUCCAUGACAGCCAUUCGAAAGACGGAUGCGUAUGUGGGGUACCACAAUGGGAGUUUCUACCUCCUCUCUUCGAAAAACUUCCCCGACAUGUCGCAUGCGCCGUUGGGUGUUUUAUCGGGACCCAGUUUGCCGGCUUCCGAGACCGAUGUGUGUCGAUCGCUGCCGAACGGGGUGGUUCUUCCGCAAUGUUUGGUUGGAGCGCAUACGGUUGUGGAGCAUCGAACGUUGGCGGAGCGGGUCAAGGAGUUGGGGAUGCAUGCGAGGGAAAGUAUUCAUGGCCAGAGUUGGGUUCUUGGUUGGGUGAAAUUGCUGGCAGUGGUGGUCGUAGGGAUCGUGGGAUUUUGGAGGUGGAGGGUGCGUCGUACUGAGAAUGUUGUGGAUACAAAUGCAAAAAAGACUCCAGAGACCGAGAAGGAAAAUCUUGUACAGCCUGAGGAAUCGGAUGGAAACGGCCAGAAAGAUAAAGCCGAUGGACCUCCUGUGAAAACAGCAUUAGAUACGGAUACGAAAUUGAACGAAUCGCCAGCGGACGAAGGCAUAUCACUGCCAUCUCAACCAGAAACUCCCACCAAAACCGUCCGGAAACGACGAAAGAACGGUAAAACAUCCAGAAAAGAAUCGCCUCUGCCCACCCCACCUCCUUCUUCCCCUUCCCCAAUCCAAUCGUUGACCGAGUCCUCCUUUUCCACUGUUCUCCCAGCCUUGGCCGACUCAGGAUCUCUUCCACUUCCAACUCCACCGCUGACUGAACCAACGUUACCUGCACCUACCGGUCUGCGUUCCCUAACCGUCAGCGACCAUAUUCUCGGGUACGGUUCCCACGGCACCGUCGUGUACAAAGGAACCUUUGAAGGCCGGGAUGUAGCCAUCAAACGCCUCCUGUUGGAUUUCUACGACGUGGCUGAUCACGAAGUGAAAAUGUUGCAAGAGAGCGAUGACCAUCCCAAUGUUGUUCGGUAUUAUUUUCGGGAGAAGAAUGCGGGAUUCAUGUACAUUGCACUUGAACUCUGUCCGGCCUCAUUAUAUGAUGUGAUUGAGAAGCCUCAUGAAUCGUUUUGUGCCGAGUUACGAGUAAAGUUGAAGCCGGCGGUAGUCCUGUAUCAAAUCAUGGCUGGGAUUCGCCAUUUGCAUUCGUUAAAGAUUGUACAUAGGGAUAUCAAGCCGCAGAAUAUUUUGGUUGCGGCUGGAAAGAGUAAAAACCCGCAUCCGCGGAUCCUGAUUUCAGAUUUCGGGUUAGGAAAGCGGCUAGCGGAGGACCAAUCCUUCUUUCAGCAUACCCACAUGACAGCGGGUGGAACAGUCGGAUGGCGUGCGCCCGAAUGCAUUCUCUCAACCACCACUACAGCAACAACUGAAGCAACACCCUCUGAUACACCACGCAUUACGAAAGCCAUUGACAUCUUCUCUGCGGGUUGCGUGUUUUACUACAUACUCACAAACGGUGCACACCCCUUUGGCGACACAUACAUGCGAGAAAUGAAUAUUCUCAAAGGGAAUUUCCGAUUGGAUAAAUUGGAUUUGAAUGGUGAAGAAGGGUACGAAGCCAAAGACUUGAUACGCCGAAUGAUAGCCAAGGAUCCUACAAAACGACCGGACGCAAGUCGGAUUUUGAUGCAUCCGUAUUUUUGGACACCUGCGAUGCGUUUAGGGUUUUUGCAGGAUGCCUCGGAUAGGUUUGAAGUGGAGGAACGGGAUCCACCGAGUGCUGUUCUAAAGGUGUUGGAACGGGGAGGUCAUAAAGUGAUUGGAAAUGAUUGGUACAGGAGGAUGGAUCGGAUGUUGCUGGAUAAUUUGGGAAAAUAUCGAAAAUAUGAUGGGGCGUGCGUGAGGGAUUUGUUGAGGGCUUUGAGAAAUAAGAAACACCAUUACCAAGACCUUCCACCACCCGUGCAAAAAGCCCUCGGACCCCUGCCCGAAGGAUUCUUGACGUAUUUCACGUCUAGAUUCCCCUCGUUGCUCUUACAUGUCUAUUACGUCGUAUCAGAAACAAAACUAAGGAAUGAACAUUUGUUUAGACAAUAUUAUGAGUUGAAGGAUGUGUACUAGUCUUUUGUGUAGAUAAUAUGGUGAAACUACAUGUAUGUAUGAACACUUUACAAUUUAAACCCGGAAUGUAUGGCCGCAACACCAAAGGUCAGAUCCUCCCA